GCCGGCUUCAUGCAAGAUGGCGGCCCGGCGCAAUCUGAGGUGGCCGCGGUUGUUUCUGUGGAGGUUGUGGCAGGCCCGGAGAUUUCCUCAAAACCUAGGACUGGGUCUGGGCCUGGAAGCAAGUUCUUAUUCCCAGAGUGACGGGCCGUACUCGCGCACGGCGCUCUAUGAGCUGCUUGGCGUCCCCUCUACGGCCACCCAGGCGCAAAUCAAGGCGGCAUACUACCGGCAGAGCUUCCUCUAUCACCCGGACCGCAACUCGGGGAGCGCCGAGGCUGCCGAGCGCUUCACGCGCAUCUCCCAGGCCUACGUGGUGCUGGGCAGUGCCACCCUGCGUCGCAAGUAUGACCGCGGCUUGCUCAGCGACGAGGACCUGCGCGGCCCUGGAGUCCGGCCUUCCAAGACACCCUCCGCCGACCCGGACUCGCCCCGCACCCCGCCGCCCGCCUCUCGGACCCAGGGUCGCGGUCAGGCCUCGCCGGGUGGCAACCGCCCCAUGUUCGACUUUGACGCCUUCUACCAGGCUCAUUACGGCGAGCAGCUGAAGCGCGAACGGCACCUGAGGGCCCGACGAGAGGCCCUUCGCAAGCAGCGGGAGGAUCGGGCCAAGAAGGGCUUACACUGGGACGAGACCCGAGACACGGCUUUAAUCUUCGUUCUGCUCAUAAUCUUCAUCAUCAUGGGCUUUCGUUUUUAAUCGGAGAGUAGAGGGCAGGGGAGCAGCCCCCAGCCAGCCCCCCAAGAAAAUGGCCUUUCCUGUCAUCUUGAACACUUUGCCUUCCGUUGUCUACCUCUGCUGGGGUCCGAAAGACCCGCUCUCCCCGUCCUCUUCCCCACCUGGCCAGCUUAGCCGUUGACCUGCACAUCCGUACGCCUCUGGCCCGGAAAAGGAGACUUGAUGCCCGAGAAAGAGGCCCCCAGUGAAGAGUCCCGAAAGCCCGAGAGGAAAGGGUUUCCUGGAGCCCCGGGGGUGCCUGCUUCCAGAGGUUGUUAACUUCCAGGACACUUGCUCUGGCUUUCUUGUAAGCCCCUGAGCAAGACUUACCUGCUUCUGCCUGCCCCACGUUUGUAGCGUGGGGCUCCUCUCUAACCUUGAAAUGUGCAAUAUGACCAAUUGUUGGCUGCCAAAAGAAAGAUUCUGGGGUUGUAUGAAACUGUCUUUCUGUGAGUUCCCCAAGCCACAGGUGAGAUCUGAUGUAGCGUAAGGAUGUGAUCUGUGGAAACCUUGCUGUUGUGUGGUGGUCAGCCCCAGAUCCCACUCCCCCUUCUGUUGAUGGGAGUGGGAAAGUAAGGUCAUGGGGCACAGGAAUCAGCAUUCCUGUGCCCAUGCUUAUCUAUUGUAUGACUUUGGAGAAGUUACUCUGUGGGCAUUUCGGCAGAGGAGCAAAUCAUUUGCUUUCUUGAGGCCUGUUACACUUGAUUAUCUGUGUUCUAAUGGGCUUGGUGAUUAAAAUACAAUGCCAGUAGAGUCAGGUUUAUCCUUGGGACAGUGUGCCUGUCACCUGGUCAUCUGUUGAGCAGCUGAACCCAUCACUAACUGCAGCUCAUCCCAUCCCAGAAAUAGAGCAACAAACUGGCAGUUUGAGUUGCCUGAAUGUGGCCUGUCCUCCUGUUUUGCUUGCAGUGCUUAUCACAGGCCCUACAAGCCAAGUCCUUGAAACGUGGCUGCUUGAGGCUGUGGGAAUUGGGGGAGUUUGGAGGAGACAGGACUACUGAGGGACAGGAGGCACAUGGCGGAAACUUACUUAUUCAGAGCUGGCUGAGGUUUUUUUCCUUCCCUCUAUUCCAAAUUGCUGCUAAGCAGUCGGUCAUCAGUUGGCUAGAGCUGUGGUAAUCCAGCUGUCUUAACCCCAAAUCUCAGCAUGUGGGGUGUGGGUUAGCUGUGUAGGUACUCGAGCGUUUAUGCCCUGGGGUUGAGUGUAAAGCUGGGAUCAGGAAACCUUUGCAGGAGAUCUACCACAGGGGUGAGGGCCUAAGUCUAGGUUCUAAACAAAGACAGAGGUGCUUUGCUAUAUUAAUACUAAUUCCUGCACUCAAUCUUGUGUGUGAAAUCCUUGUAUAAAUGGGGAUAAACCUACAGCUAGUUCAACUUGGUCUCUUGGAAAGCCUUCAGUUUUCUCUAGCCUUGAAAGUUGGGAGCAAGCUCUUGGUCAUGACUUUGCAGUGACCAUAUGACUCAGUAGUAAAGAUUUAAGCCCACACUGGUUCAGACCUGCUGGGCUCCAUGAGCCUUGGUUUGGGGGGAAGGGCACAUGUACUUUCAAAAAGAACAUUAAUGUUAUUAUGUUUCAUAUUUGGAAAACAAGUGGGAAAGUCUGUUCUUUACGAAACACAAACUACAGGAAGUGAAACUUAGUAAAAUGUACAGAGGCUAGUGAUUCUCAGCCAAGGAGAUGGGGCAUAACAGAGUGUCCUUGGGGCAAGAUUCUAUUUGAGUUUCUGUCAAAUGGGGUUGGAGUUCUUUUGGGUUUUGUAAAAGCACUAGUGGUCUGUGAUAUCUGGGGCCUUUCUCACAGGCACCUUGCCAUAGACCUCUCGUUUUGUUUCCUCCUGGUGAAGAUCAUAGCCAAGAACAUUCCCUGGGCCCCAGAACAUAGAGGUAGAUGGAAAGCUCCUGAAUGUUUGGGGUGGUGGGGUCCAGACUCUGUGAAACCUCUGGAACAUUCCAUGCAACUCCAAACAGGGUAGUCAAUAAAAUAUUAACCAUCCAA